AAAGAGAAGCUGAAAGCUCUCUAGUCUUCUUUUUGAAGGGCAAACUGUCGGCAGCAGCCAGCAGCCAGCAGCAGCAGCUCUACAGUCUUCACUCUACGCAUAUAUAAUAGUACACACACGGAAUCCAAAGACCACACUUUCAGACUUUCUUCGUUGUUCGUUCUCUCCCUCCAUAGAAGACUCUUCACUCACUAUAGACAGCGGUGUCGCCGCGCGACUCGUCUGACCCACAAAAUGAUGCACCACCGCCGCUCAGGCCAGUUUCUCGGCCUCCAUUUCUUCUUCGUUGCCUUUGCCUCCCUGUCGGCCACUGGGCAACCAAUCCAUCAAUUGUCUGACCUACAUUGGCAACCCGCCACCGCUACCUGGUAUGGAAGCCCCGAAGGCGAUGGCAGCGAUGGUGGGGCAUGCGGAUACGGGUCACUGGUGGAUGUGCGACCGUUAAAGGCGAGGGUAGGCGCCGUUAGUCCAAUUUUGUUCAAGAACGGAGAGGGCUGCGGAGCUUGUUACAAGGUGAAGUGCCUCGAUAGGGGCAUAUGCUCUAGGAGAGCCGUUACUAUUAUCGUAACGGACGAGUGUCCAGGUGGCUACUGCUCAAACGGGAGAACCCACUUCGACCUUAGCGGAGCUGCAUUCGGUCGAAUGGCCAUCUCCGGGAAUGGCGCGGCGCUCAGGAACCGAGGCGAGAUCUCAGUCGUCUUCCGCCGGACACCGUGUAAAUACCCAGGGAAGAACAUCGCUUUCCAUGUGAACGAAGGCUCCACCGAUUACUGGCUCUCCCUUCUGGUGGAGUUCGAAGAUGGAGAUGGAGACGUUGGAUCCAUGCAUAUAAGAGAAGCGAGCUCGACGGAGUGGCUAGAGAUGAAGCAUAUAUGGGGAGCAAAUUGGUGUAUUAUUGGGGGGCCAUUGAGAGGACCUUUCUCAGUCAAGCUCAUGACACUGUCGACAGGUCGGACUCUCUCUGCGAGGGACGUCAUUCCAAGGAACUGGUCUCCGAAGGCCACUUACACCUCACGCCUUAAUUUCUACUAGCUCGUAAUAUUCCCCAUUCCAAGGAACUGGACUCUCUCUGUUUACCUUUUUUUCUCAGGGAAAGAAGUAGCCGUUGUCGUCGGUUGUUUUCCCGGGAAAAGUAGCCGUUGGAGACUGGGAGUGCAAAGGCUGAAAGGCAUCCGAUGCUCCGCCUCCUCUUCUUCUUCUUGUGUUUUCUAUUUUAUUUGUAUUUGUUUCUUUUUUUAUCUUUGCCAAGUGUAAAUGCUGUAGCCCCUCUCCAAAGGAGAGAGAGCGCUGUGUAUUUGCUUGUGGGCCCUUUUUGUUUAAACAAAUGGGUCAAUUUGAAGAGUAAAGGCACGUGUUAUCGCCAUGGAGAUAGUCCUGGGUCCGGCUCUGCCUUUGUAGCUUGUAAUUUGAUUGGAAUCCUUUUCAAGUAACCGGAACUGCCGGAGUGAGUUGUUUAAA